AUGCGGCAGCAGGGCCGGCCCCGCCCUCGGAGCUCCCGGGCCCCUCACAGACGCGGGACGAGGCCGGCGGGGCGAGGGGAGGAGGGACGGGGAAGGGACCGGGCCCCACUCACCGCCGGCCGCCGCCUCUCUCGCCGCCAGUCGCCGCCACCUGCACCUCCGCAGCCGCAGCAGCAGCAGCCGCCGCCGCCUCCCGCCUCCCCGCUUGUCGGCGCGGGGCGGCGCGGGGCGGGGCGGGGCGAGCGUGACGCGCCGCCUGCACCAGACGCCGGGCGGCUCCUCCCCCGCGCGCCCCGCCCUCGGCCGCCCCGCGCCCGGGCCCCGAGGCCCCCGCCGCUUUGUCUGCACCCGCCGCGACCCACGGCCCCGGGGCGGGAGGAGGGCGCCAAGGACCCCGAGGGGCCUGCGCCCGCGCUGCUCGGCAUGUCAGUUCCGCGUCGCGCCCCACGCCCCAUCCAGCCCGGACCGCAGCCGGUUCCUUGGCGGCUCGGCUUUCCCCUCCCCCUCCCCCUCCCUCGCCUCCCCGACCCUCCCCCACCACCGGCGAGAAAUCCUUUGAAAGCAUCGAGGAGAAGGUGCCUGCAGAGCUGGACCGGGAAAGAGGGCGGUGGGAAGAUGAAAUCUGAGCCUCAGAGCGUGAAGGAGUGGGAGCGAAAGUGAAGCCGAGUUGUUACCCAAGAACAACAAAGAAAAAAAAGGAAUUCAGGUUUUGGCAUUCAAAACAGGAUCUUUGUAACAGCUUUAUUGAGAUGUGAUUCACAUACCCUAUAAUGUACCCAUUAAAGUGUACAAUUCAAUGA